AUGACUUCUCCAACUGAGGAUAAUAAUUGGAAGUGGAGGUGGAAUAGCUCUUGUUAUUGGAUCGGUAAAGUGAACUGCCAUACGAAGCCUGAGGUUAUUCACCAUAUCAAAGAAACGCUAUCUUCGAAUCGUUUGGGAGAGUUUGAGCGGUCAUGUUUUGGUCACUUUUUAAAGUUUCACGACAAUGCAUAUAACAGUGGCAAAUUACUUUUGGCACUGUUUGGGAGAGAGGUAGAGAUUGACAACCCUCGAGAAAGACAACGUUAUUAUCGUAUUGGUGGUCGCAAUCACAAGUUUGGGAAGGAAGAGUUUUGUGCGAUCACCGGGUUAAGAUUCGGCAAUUCAGACUUUGAUCCAGAUACCAAUAAGAGUCUCCCACCGGCUAAUGGAGUUUACCGUCGAUAUUUCGACGGUAAGACUGUAAUCGGGAAGGAUUUGUUGUUUAAGUUUGUUCAACAAGAAUUUGAGGAGGACGAGGCUCUUAAAGUGGCUUUCAUACUCGUAGUAUUCUUCUUCAUUCUCUCUCCGGACUCCAGGAUGUCGGUGCCACUGUGGUUGUGGACACUGGUUGAAGACACAUCGAAAUUCGAGGAAUUUCCCUGGGGUUCAUACGCUUUUCAGCGUCUUCACCAUUAUUUGGAAAAUGGGAUUAAACCGCCGGCUGGUGGGGGCAAUGUGCAGUUCAAUAUAUGCGGGUAUAUCAUGGCACUUCAGAUCUGGGCUUGUGAAUUAUUUCCCGAAAUUUUAAAGGAUUCUGGAAUGUUACGGAUGAGUGACAACCUUCCUAGGGGCGCGCGAUGGGCAUGUGCAAAGGUGCCAUUCAAAGGUGCCAAUAAACUCGAUAAUACUGAGAUUCCAUAUUCACCUAUUUUGUUAACGGCCGAGGAGAGGAAUGCCUCUUAUAUGGCGGGCAUCGACAGAGAUUUAUCUUCAAAUAUUCAAUACAUUCACCGUGAUCAGUGGGUGAGCAACUGUCAACCAUUGUCGGCCAAAAAGCAUGGACGAGGGUUGAAGACAAUGCGACUCUCAAAGAAGGCCCGUUCUGCAAACAAUCUGGAUAUUUCUGAAGAAGAUGAAGAUAUUCCGCCAGCAAAAAGAAGAGCGCAUGUUGUGCCGGAAAGACCACAUUCAGUUGCAUUUGAAAGAGCAACUGGAUCAUGUACCGGUGUUGAUGAGGCGAAGAUUGAAGAUGUUGUAUCGAAAAAAAUUGAAGAGGCUUUUGCUAGGAUGUUCCCUAGGUUUGUUGACGCUGCGGUUACCGAGGUGAUUAAACGAUUAGAUGAUUAUCUAAUCGUUCGAAGCACGGCCCGUCCCGGAUCUGAGGAUUUGGAGACCGUGAAGGAUGAUUUGGGGAUGGAUGAUUUGGGGAAGGGAGAAGCAUGGAGGCAAGAAAGAGACGAUUCGAACAAAAAGUCUGAUUUUGUAGUUGAGCCCGGUGAUCAUGGUGUUUCACGUGAGGAUGUNACAGGACGUGGCUCAGUUGGGUUCGUCGUCACGGCUGGCUGGAGGUCAGAGCUCGGAGAUUGCGGGUCGUCGUCGGAGGUUGACGCUCGCAAUCGCCGGUGGAAAGUGAGCCAUCGGGAGAAAAUCGGCGUGAAAGUGAGAGUGAAAAGUGAAAUCGAUUUUGCCCUAGUCGCGUACUUAAAUUGA